AUGGACAAUCGAAGGCCCAACGUGGCCUCAUACUACUACGAUAGUGACUCGGAUCAUUCCGAGGAAGUUCCAUAUGAUGUGAGGCCUGUACCCAAAUCAUACAUUCCAUCCACGUCGACCUACACGGAGCCGCAGGGGUUUCCAGAAGAACCGGUCAGAAACCAGAGUUAUGGAGGUAGCAGAGAUAAUUUGAGAGAGCCAUUGGACUCGUAUGAAUUGGGGAUGAUGAACCAUGCCGACACUUCAAGAACGUCUCUAUACCAGGGAGAUUCUCCAGAGAGGUACAGACCACCUGUUAUCCACACAAAAGCCGACCAUUCGUCUAGUGAUAACAUAUUUCAGGGAUACGAGUUCGACGAUGACGAGGAUGAUGGCUUCGUGCCGUUUCCUAUAGCUGGAAACUCAUUUUAUCCUAUCAAUGCGUAUUCGGCGCCCUAUAAUCCCUUUGAUUCCGACCGCAUUCCCGAGGAUCACUACGAAGAAGAUGACGAGCCCGCUGAGAAAGAGGUUCACGAUCCUUUUGCUGAACAAGAAGACUAUCUGGAUGAGUACAUGGACUUGGAUCCGGUCCAACCGCAAGUUGUGUCUGCUGAACCAGUAAGAACCACCAGACAGGUUCGCAUGGUCAACGGAAAUCUUAUCCUGGACUGUCCUGUUUCAGAUAUCUUGCUCAGCAAAUAUCAGGCUGAGCUGACAGAGAAGGACAGAGAAUUUCUGUUCAUGAGAUUCCAGGCCUGUACGAGCGAACCAGCCGGGUUUGAGGCCAAGAACUUCUCGCUCCGUCAAAGAUUUUACUCGCGCCCUCGCACAACAGAGUUGAUGAUCGUUGUGACAAUGUAUAACGAGUCGGAAAUUCACCUUGCCCGCACUCUGAAGGGUAUCUUCAAGAAUAUUCGCUACCUCCAGAGUCUAAAACACUCUUCCGUGUGGGGGCCAGAUGCCUGGCAGAAGAUCGUGGUGUGUAUAGUGAGUGAUGGCCGCACAAAGAUCAAUCCAAGAGCACGGGCUCUGUUGGCUGCUCUCGGGCUUUAUCAGGAUGGUUUUGCCAAAAACCAGGUCAACGAGGACAAGGUUAAAAGUCAUAUCUAUGAAUACACGACGAUGGUGGGAAUCUCGUCCAUCGAGGGGGAUCACGUAAAGCUUACUACCGAAAACCAGGUGCCGGUUCAGAUGAUUUUCUGCUUGAAGGAGGACAAUAUGAAGAAGAUCAACUCGCAUCGCUGGGCCUUUGAAGCGUUUUGCCCGGUCCUGAAACCCAACGUUGUCAUUCUGCUGGAUGUGGGCACUGAACCUGCAAAUAAAUCCAUAUACAGGCUCUGGAAGGCUUUCAAAGACCCUCGUGUGGCUGGAGCAUGUGGAGAGAUCAAGGUUUCCCUUGGAAAGACCAAGAGACUUCUGCUGAAUCCUUUGGUGGCUGCUCAGAAUUUUGAGUAUAAAAUGUCUAACAUUUUGGACAAACCCAUGGAGUCCGUGUUCGGUUUCAUUACCGUCUUGCCCGGAGCAUUCAGUGCAUACCGCUAUGUGGCCCUACUGGGAACACCUCUAGACAAAUACCUGAAAGGUGAAGACCUGGCCAAGUCCAACGAGGACGGUAUCUUCAACGCGAACAUGUAUCUUGCCGAAGAUCGUAUUCUGUGCUUCGAACUGAUCGCAAAACGAGGAUGUAAUUGGCUGCUGAAGUAUGUCAGUGCUGCGUCUGCUUCCACAGAUGUUCCUGAAGAACUUCACGAUUUCGUCUCACAGAGGAGAAGAUGGCUCAACGGAAGUUUCUUUGCAGCCAUUUACUCUGUUUUCCAUUUCUACAAGGUGUGGAAGACCACGCAUUCGGUUUUUAGGCAGUUCUUGCUUCACUUGGAGUUCCUUUACCAGCUUCUGAGUCUGUUGGUUUCAUGGUUCUCCAUUGGGUCUUAUUUCCUGGUAUUCCGAAUUUUGACGGUAUAUUUGGCACGUUCAGAGGCGAAUUUCGCUCCGGGAAACAUCCUUUCUGUGUUCUUCUUAUGGCUCUAUCUGGCAAGUAUCGUGACCACAUUCGUGCUUGCCUUCGGAAACAAGCCUAAGGGAACCCAAAAGUUCUACAUUGUCAUCGUCACAUUCUUCGCUGUGUUAAUGGUUUAUAUGAUAUUUGCUGCCAUCUACAUGGCCAUCCAGUCCAUAGAGAGCAUUUAUGCGGAACAUAAGGACGAUUUCAGCUUCACCCUGGUAUUCACAGAGACCAGAUUCAGAGACCUGGUCGUGGCCACUGGGUCUACCUAUGCGCUGUAUUUGAUUGGAUCAUUGCUGUAUCUAGAACCUCUGCACAUGCUCACAUGUUUUGUGCAGUACCUUCUGCUCUCGCCUACCUAUAUCAACGUUCUGAACGUGUAUGCCUUUUGCAACAUCCAUGAUAUCUCAUGGGGUACCAAGGGAGACGAUAAGGUGAUCGACUUGGGUAUAGCCAAGAAGACUAGCAGCGGAGGCGAGCUGGAGGUGGAUAUCCCAACCACUAAAGCUGAAAUAGACGGUAACUACAAGAACAAUGUGGGAGUUUUAAUGCAGCCAGAAGCAGAGCCGGAUGCCAAGAUCAAUUUGGAGGAGAAAGAGCAGUUCUACUAUGCCUUUAUACGGUCCAUGACGGUUCUCCUCUGGAUGUUCUCCAACUUCGUUAUCAUCGCGCUAGUUACCGAGACGGGUGGACUUUACCAGUUUACCCCAGACGAUUCCAGUGACACCACGUUUUUACCCUCCACAAGAACAGACAUCUUCCUCACUGUCAUUCUAUGGCUGGUUGCAUUCAUGGCACUUUUCAGAUUCGUGGGAUGUGUGACGUAUCUGAUCCUCAAGUUCUUUUCAGGGUUACGAGACCGAACUCGUCGUUCUUCCAAAAACGUCUACUCUGUGUGA